AUGUUUCUCGGUGAGCUCUGCUGGGAGUGGAAACGCAUAUGCACUANNNNUAUUGCGGAGCGAGCGGAGCAUAUACCGCAACAACAGGCACUUUCGCGUUGUGCGUGCGUGCGUGCAGAAUUAUUCUGGCUUAACUACGAAGCGCGGGAGGCCAUCAGAUAG